UGAGAGCUGCACAAGCUGCGAAGACCGCCUUGCUUUAGGUUUGCGACUGGCUGCAGACCGCGUGGGAAUCACCCUGCAAGACCCUCCAGCCACGUAAUGAAGACAGUGACCUUUGAGGAUGUGGCUGUGACCUUCACCAGGGAGGAGUGGGCUUUACUGGAUCCAUCCCAAAAGAAGCUCUACAGAGAUGUGAUGGGGGAAACCUUUAGUAAUGUGGCUGCUCUAGAAAGAAACUGGAAUGAACACCAAAUUGAAGAUGAGCACAACAAUGACAGGAAAAAUCUAAGAAAUGAGGUAAAGAAAUGCCAACAAUAUAAAUUAUUUGAUCAACAUGGAGAAAUGGUUUAUGUGACUUCCAAAACUAAUAUGCACAUGAAACUGCUCAAUGCAAAACCAGGUGAAAGCCUGGCUUGUGGAAAGCUUCUGAUUGGCUAUUCAUCACCGACUGUGCCCAUCAUACAUAACGCUGGACUCAAAUCAUAUCAGUAUCGUAGAUUUGAACAGAAGCUGUCUAAAUGUAACAGAAGUGGGAAAGCCAACACUGACAUUCAGUCAUAUCAGAAGGAUGCAAAGUCAAGUCCUGGAAAGAAACCAUAUGAACAUAAAGAACAUGAAAAAUCUUACUCUGAUUGGAAUCAAGAAAGUAACCUUGAAGAUAAGCCAUUUUUAUAUAAGAAGGAAAUGAAAUUUUUCCAUACACACCACUAUGUUCAAAUCCAGGAAAGAAAUCACACCACAGUAAACAUAUACAUAUGCAUACAAUGUGGAAAAGGUUUUACUUCUCACAAUGGUAUUCAGAAACAUGAAAGAAUUCACAGCAGAGAAGAAUCCAAUUUAUAUAAACACUGUGGGAAAUCUUUAGCAAAUAACACUGCAUUUGGUGACCAUGAAAGUACCCACACUGGGGAAAAAUCCUAUGUGUGUAAGCAGUGUGGGAAAGCUUUCAGACAAUACAGUUAUUAUCAGAUUCAUGAACAAACUCACACUGUUGUAAAACCAUAUGUAUGUAAGGAAUGUGGGAAAGGUUUUAGUACACGUAGUGAUUAUCAAAAACAUGAAAGAAUUCAUACUGGGGAAAAACCCUAUGUAUGUAAGCAAUGUGGAAAGGCUUUCACUUCUCACUGUUCUUGUGAAAGACAUAAACGAACACAUACUGGGGAGAAGCCCUAUAAAUGUAAGCAAUGUGGGAAAGCUUUCAGCACGAAUAGUCACUGUCGAACACAUGAAAGAAUUCACACUGGUGAGAAACCCUAUGUAUGUAAGCAAUGUGGGAAAGCUUUCAGUCAACACAGUCAUUGUCAAAUUCAUGAGCGAACUCACACUGGUGAGAAACCCUAUGUAUGUAAGCAGUGUGGGAAAGCUUUCAGUACACGUGGUGAUUGUCAAAAACAUGAAAGAACUCACACAGGUGAGAAGCCCUAUGUAUGUAAGCAAUGUGGGAAGGCUUUCACUUCUCACUGUUCUUGUGAAAGACAUAAAAGAACUCACACUGGGGAGAAACCCUAUGUAUGUGAGCAGUGUGGAAAAGCUUUCAGCACAAACAGUCAUUGUCGAACACAUGAAAGAAUUCACACUGGUGAGAAACCCUAUGUAUGUAAGCAAUGUGGGAAAGCUUUCAGCACACAUGGUGAUUGUCAAAAACAUGAAAGAACUCACACUGGGGAGAAACCAUAUGUAUGUAAGCAAUGUGGAAAAGCUUUCAGUCAACAUACUCAUUGUCGAAUACAUGAACGAACACAUACUGGGGAGAAACCGUAUGUAUGUAAGCAAUGUGGGAAAGCUUUCAGCACACACAGUGGGUGUCAAGUACAUGAAAAGAAUCACACAGGUUAGAAACCCUAUGUGUGUAAGAAAUAUGGAAAAGCCUUUACUUACUCUAGCAGUCAUCAUAGAUUCUUAGCAGUGUCUAAGAUUGAUGCCAAGAAGGAUCUGAGAGCAAACGUUCAGAGGGACCUGAAAAGUGCUAAAGCUGAUGCCAAAGUCAUGAAGGAUGCGAAGACCAAGAAGGUAGUAGAGUCCAAGAAGAAAGCUGUGCAGAGACUGGAGGAGCAGCUGAUGAAGCUCGAAGUUCAGGCUACAGACCAGGAGGAGAGAGAGCUGUAUAAAUUGUCCAAUCGGAGGAGGCAAAGUGGGAGGGUUCUUCCUGUGUCAUGGCUGCUUCCACGGCGUACCCUGCUGAGAGCACCCUGGCUGGGUAGGCCGCCUUCGGUGACUUCUAGUAGCUGCAGUCUGCAUAGGAAGGACCCCAGGAGACCUCCAAGCUAUGCAAUGGAGGCAGUAACUUUUGAGGAUGUGGCUGUGAACUUCACUUUGGAGGAGUGGGUUUUGCUGAAUCCAUUUCAAAAGAAGCUCUACAGAGAUGUGAUGGGAGAAACAUUUAAGAACAUUGCUGCUAUAGGGGAAAACCUGGAUAACCAGGAAAUUGAAGAAGGGUAUCAUAAUUACUCGAAAAGCCUAAGAAAUGAAGAGGUACAGAAAUGCUAUCAAUAUAAAGUUUGGAACCAAUGUAAAGAAAUAUUCCUUCCUACUCCAGAUGCUAAUGAGGAUGGAAAACAAGCAGAUUUAACACCAUCUGAACUCCUUCCUUAUAGAAAUCCACACAUUGGGUAUUUGUCACUAAAUGUUCCCAUCGGAGCUCCCGCUGCACUGAAGCCAAGUGAGUAUUUGAGAUGGAAAGAAAAGCUGUACAGGUGUAAUGAAACUGGAAGAAGCUGUGACAGUUUUCUGUCCUUUCACAAACAUGCAAUGACAAAGGCCGAAGACAAACCCUACGAGCAUGAUCAAUGUGGGAAAUCCUGCUCUAAUGUUAGUGAAAGAAUUCACCUUAUAGAGAAUAUCUCUGAAUGUAAGAAAAAUUUGAAAGACUCCAGUAUAACAAGUGAUGUUCAGAUCCAUAAAAGCAAUCACAGUGGGGGUAAACCCUAUGUAUGUAGGCAAUGUGGGAAAGGUUUUAGUACUCAGAGGUAUUGUAAAGUCCAUGAAAGGAUUCACACUGGGGAAAUAGCCUACAUAUGUAAGCUCUGUGGGAAAGCUUUUAGCACACAUAGUGUUUGUCGAAUACAUGAAAGAAGUCACACUGGAGAGAAACCCUAUGUAUGUAAGCAAUGUGGGAAAGCUUUUAGCACCCAGGGUUAUUGUAAAAUACAUGAAAGUACUCAUACUGGGGAGAAACCCUAUGUAUGUAAGCAAUGUGGGAAAGCUUUCAAAACACGUCUUGAUUGUCAGAGACAUGAAAGGCGUCAUUCUGGGAAGAAACCAUAUGUAUGUAAGAAAUGUGGAAAGGGUUUCAUUACAUUGUAUUAUUGUAAAAUACAUGAAAGAAAUCACACUGGGGAGAAACCAUAUGUAUGUAAACAGUGUGGGAAAGCUUUCGGGACAUUGUAUUAUUGUAAAAUACAUGAAAGAAAUCACACUGGGGAGAAACCAUAUGUAUGUAAACAGUGUGGGAAAGCUUUCGGGACAUUGUAUUAUUGUAAAAUACAUGAAAGAAAUCACACUGGGGAUAAACCUUAUAUGUGUAAACAAUGUGGGAAAACUUUCAGCACAAAGAGUCAUUGUCAGGUACAUGAAAGAUCUCACACUGAAGAGAAACCGUGUGUAUGUAAACAAUGUGGGAAAACUUUCAGCACAAAGAGUAAUUGUCGAAAGCAUGAAAGAUCUCACACAGGGGAGAAACCAUACGUAUGUAAACAAUGUGGGAAUGCUUUCAGGACAUUGUAUUAUUGUAGAAUACAUGAAAGAAAUCACAAUGGGGAGGAACCUUACAAAUGUAAACAAUGUGGGAAAACUUUCAGCACAAAGGGUAACUGUCAAAGGCAUGAAAGAAUUCACACUGGGGAGAAACCAUAUGUAUGUGAACAAUGUGGGAAAGCUUUCAGCACACAUAGUGUUUGUCAGGAACAUGAAAGAACUCACACUGGGGAAAACCCCUACAUAUGUAAGCAAUGUGGGAAAACUUUCAGGACAUGUGAUGGUAUGGAAAUUCAUGAAAGAACUCACACUGGGGAAAAACCCUAUGUAUGUAAGCCAUGUGGGAAAGCCUUCAUGACACGUAGUGGUUUUGGAAAACAUAAAAGAAGUCACUCUGACCAGAAGAACCCCUAUGUGUAA